CACAGGAAAAUUAGACAAGUAGAAGAAGAGAUCAAAUACUUAAGGCAGCAGCUACACCAAACAAAACUGCCCGACCACCCAAGUCCUCCCUCCCCUCCCUCUCCUUCUCUCUGCAAGGCAGCUCCCUCCUCAACUCCUCCUCAACUCCUGCCUCACCACCCCAGCUCUCCCUGUCCAUCUUCUCCCCCUCACUCUCCCUCCCUCACAGAAGCAGCAACCCCAGGAGCCAGCGGGGCAGCUCUGCAGGAUGAAAUGUCAAUUAUAUGCAACCAAUUUAUUAUGGAGGUUAUCCAAAAAUUUGAAAACAAAUCU